AUGUUGUCAUGUAAGGCUAUUUUCCUUGCCAUCGGUCUUAAAUUAGAUUCGUCAUCCUUAUAUUCUCCGAUUAUUCGUGGUCCCAGAAGUGGUACGGAUGCAGGACAAUAUUUUCGUAACUUUUGGGGUAAUAAAUCUGAAAUUCGACAUCUUGAUGGUGACCUUUACGAAUGCGUUAUCUGGGACUCAAAUAAGGAUAUUACGUCUCAAAUUGUUGAUUAUGCAUUAUCAAGGAAGCUUAAUGUCCCAAUCAACACCAUAUCGGAUUUAUGGUAUCAAGUAUCAUGCACAAGUCUUAACGGCAUUUUGCGGUCAAUUUCACCUUCUUACUCAACUCUGAGACUGCCGGCAAGAGCUAGCACUCUCCAUCUGAUAAAUUCCUUGAAUUCACUUAGAGAUAUUCUCUCUGGUUUCAACAAACAUCUUCCAUUGAAUAUCAUGGAUGUACAACCAGUCUCUGCGGAGUUUCGUGGCACAUCUGUUUUCGCUCCUAUAAUUGAUAUUCGUGAUGGCACUCGUAAAAAGAAGUCUGCUGAUAAUCCCUGGCAUAAUGUUCACCAUUCUCUCAGGCCUAUUUAUGCAAUCAUGCAAAUUCAGUCCUCCGGCAAAUGGCCAAAGGAUAACUAUACCGCCUUUCUUCACAUGAAACGCCUCUUUCUACUUCGAAUCAAGGAACUUCUAGUUCAUAUUGGAGUCCCAUCCAGGGUUGUAUCAACUGGAAUGCUUGAUAUACUCGUAAACGGUUUAAUUCUCCGGUUGAGUUUCUGCCACAACUUUGAAUUAAAACUUCUGCGUCGAUCCCUAGGUUUAACAAAACCUUACCAGUUCAAGUCAAAAAAAGACUUGCCCGAAGAAAAGGAGCAAGAGCAAGAUGAAUGUGAGCCAGAACCCUUGAUCAAAUGGUUAAGUUUCAACCAACGUCUGCCAGAUAUCGCCAGUCAAUUGGUGGCUAUCGCGCGGUCUCACAUAAACACCUUUCCGGAUGCUUGUCGUCUGGCCAAGCGCUGGCUUUCCGCCCAUGGUAUUCCGGUCAUUCAAUGUCCAGAUAUCUCCUCUGAACCUAUGUGGGGGCUUGAUUGUGAGCCUGUUUGUUUGGGUGAUGCAGACCUGGGAGCUUCUGGUUGUCGUCUCACGGAAAUCGCUGUGGAGUUGUUGGUUGUUCAUGCUGGUGGCUUUACUGAAGCUGUGAACACCUCAUCAUAUUCUGCUGGAGUACCAGGCUCUGGGAGUGAAAACUUCCUCUCAGCUUCUCCUCUCGCCACUUUCUUGAGGUUUCUUCGUCUUAUCUACUCGUUUGAUUGGGAAAAUGAUAUUCUUCUGGUGGAUUUGAAUGAAGAGUUCAAAGGAAAGGCUGGUCUGGAGAAGGCAAUGGUUGCAGUGACGGAGUUCAAAAUCAAGCCUCGAGAUCAGCUGCCUGCUAUGGUUAUUGGCACACCACUUGAUCCUAACGGUACUCACUGGACUAGACAAGGCCUAAGUGUUCAAGGUCUUCGCCGACUUCAGAAGUUGGCCGCGUUCUCCCAUGAACUUCUACAGGCCAUGCUUUUUGCUGGAGCCGAUCUUUCUGACCUCAAGGCGGUGUUCCGACCCGAUUUAGCCAGUAUGGACGUGUUGUUUAAACUCAGACCCUCCGUCUACAAGACACGCAUCUUGGAAGCUGUUGAUUUGGUGAUUCCAAAAUGGGCUAUUAAGAAAACUGAAUCUGGCGAAUUGAUGAAUUCGCAUAUUGAUCCAAGUGAGACGACGAUGAAGGAGUCUGAACCUGUCACUCUGAACCUUCCGCAUCCUGGUGCGAGUUACUGGCCUUCAGGAUAUCUGUGUGAUCCCGUUCUCUGGGUUCUACGGCAAAUUCAAAACCGACUUGCUGAAUGGGAUAUGUUUGAGUACUUCUGGGAUAGGCAUUCAGGAAAGUGGAUAGGUCUCCGUAUCAAGGAUACAGCUAAAUGUGCCCAGCUUUGUGAAUUGAAGCAGUUCAGCGAAGAGAAUCUUCAUCGAGCUGGAGGAUUUGCUCGCCAUCGAGAAUCAGCCACUAAUUCUCGAAUGGGUCUGGUUGUUGAUAUACAACUGGCUCUUCAAGCUCUAUCGGCUUGGGGCUCUGAGAUGGUGGAUUCAGUGGUAAUUCAGAGGCCAGACGCCUUCGAAAUGGGUGGUUUGGAAAUUGAGGCGCCAGAGACUGAGGUGGUUGUUCGAGAGAUGCCAGAAAAAAAAGACGAGCAGGAGAAGGAGGAGGAGAACGAACAGGAAAAUAGAGCCGCCGUUGAGGGGAGUAAAAGGAGGAAUCCCGCUAAGAGGAGAGUUAAGAAGACCAAGAAAGCAAAAUUUCAAGCCUAA